GGCUUUUCUCUGCCCUGCAGUGUCUCACGGUGCUUUGGGCAUGCGCCUGGCACCCUCACAGUGGCUUCUGCUCACCGACAGAUGAGGACUGACGCAUCCCACAGGCCAGCGGGAACAGCACUGUAGAGGUCCAUCUGCGCACAGACGCAGAUGAUGCCAGAGCUAUGACCAGGCCUGCAGGCGUGGCGCCGAGGGGAGAUCAGCCAUGGAGCAGCCACAGGAGGAGACCCCUGAGGUCUGGGAAGAGGAGAAAGAGGAAGUGGCAGAGGCCGAAGGGGCCCCAGAGCUCAAUGGGGGACCAGAGCCUGCACUUCCCUCCAGCAGCUACACAGACCUCCCCCAGGGCGCCUCUCCACCCUCGCUGCUGGACCAGCUGCAGAUGGGCUGUGACGGGGCCUUGGGCGGCAGCCUCAACAUGGAGUGCCGGGUGUGCGGGGACAAGGCGUCAGGCUUCCACUACGGUGUCCACGCAUGCGAGGGGUGCAAGGGCUUCUUCCGCCGGACCAUCCGUAUGAAGCUGGAGUAUGAGAGGUGCGACCGGAGCUGCAAGAUCCAGAAGAAGAACCGCAACAAGUGCCAGUACUGCCGCUUCCAGAAAUGCCUGGCCCUGGGCAUGUCACACAACGCCAUCCGCUUUGGUCGGAUGCCGGAGGCUGAGAAGAGGAAGCUGGUGGCAGGGCUGACAGCCAGAGAGGAGCAGCAGCACAACCCUCAGCUGGCCGACCUGAAGGCCUUCGCCAAGCACAUCUACAAUGCCUACCUGAAAAACUUCAACAUGACCAAAAAGAAGGCCCGCAGCAUCCUCACCGGCAAGUCCAGCCACACAGCGCCCUUCGUGAUCCACGACAUCGAGACCCUGUGGCAGGCGGAGAAGGGCCUGGUGUGGAAGCAGCUGGUAAACGGCCUGCCGCCCUACAAGGAGAUCAGCGUGCACGUCUUCUACCGCUGCCAGUGCACCACGGUGGAGACCGUGCGCGAGCUCACCGAGUUCGCCAAGAGCAUCCCCAACUUCAGCAGCCUCUUCCUCAACGACCAGGUGACCCUGCUCAAGUAUGGCGUGCACGAGGCCAUCUUCGCCAUGCUGGCCUCUAUCGUCAACAAAGACGGGCUGCUGGUGGCCAACGGCAGUGGCUUUGUCACCCACGAGUUCCUGCGCAGCCUCCGCAAGCCCUUCAGUGACAUCCUCGAGCCCAAGUUUGAGUUUGCUGUCAAGUUCAAUGCCCUGGAACUCGACGACAGUGACCUGGCUCUGUUCAUCGCAGCGAUCAUUCUGUGCGGAGACCGGCCGGGCCUCAUGAACGUGCCUCAGGUGGAGGCCAUCCAGGACACCAUCCUGCGCGCCCUCGAGUUCCACCUGCAGGUCAACCACCCCGACACCCAGUACCUCUUCCCCAAGCUGCUGCAGAAGAUGGCCGACCUGCGGCAGCUGGUCACUGAGCACGCCCAGAUGAUGCAGUGGAUCAAGAAGACCGAGACCGAGACCCUGCUGCACCCACUGCUGCAGGAGAUCUACAAGGACAUGUACUGAGCCGUGCCCAGCCAUGGGACUGCCCCACGCGCCACCACAAGUCUUCAGCACAGCCCACACUCCCGACACACGCAGCCCUGGCUCCCUGUCCCUUUUCUUCCCCUGCUUUGCUCCUCUAGCUGCUCUUUGUCUCUCACUUCCUGCCUUGUCAGCUCCUCAGGCUCUUCCCUCUUCACCAGCCUCCCCUCUUGCUUCCUGUCCUCCCUGCCUCUCCCUGUGCUGUGGUGCCGUGUCUGGCCUUUCCUCUGACACUGUUAUCUCACCAGCAGCCUAGACCAGGACCCUCUUUCCACCUUUCUCUGAGAGGAGUGACCUGGUUCACCCCGCCCUUUCAGGCCACGCCCUGCCUUUGCCCCACCCACAUCCAGGCCCCGCCCCCUUGUUCAGCCUCUGCCCGAUUUCAGCUUCUGAAGCCUGAAUCCUGGAGCCAUCCAAAGAAACACUACGCUCUCUGGGCCUGGCUUCUCGGGGGAAGCUUGGCCUAGUCUACAGCAGCAGCAGCCUGUGGUCACUGGGUCCCUGCUUCAGAGGACAGUGGGCAGGGUUCCUGAGUGAGACCCAGAUGUGUCCCCUCUCCAGUUUCCUGGCCCAAGUCCAAGGCUGGCUCCAGACUCAAGACCCUCUUCCGGCCUCCUACCCCUCAUCUUCUGUCUUCGGCACCAGUCUUCUAGACCACAGUGGCUGGUGGCCCCUGUGCUGGCUGCACCCCAGUCUGGAUGGAGGCAGAUUUCCCUCCAGGUGGGCCCUGCACCCCACUGAAGAGGAGGGAGGUAGACGCUGGUUCCAAGGAACAGCACACUUAAUUCUGAGUCCUGGGGCCAGAGGCCAGGGGGUCGGGGGCAGGCCUCUGUCAGCGCCCACUCCCCACCCAGCACAGCUGAAAGGACAUCCACCCCUUUCUCCUGCAGGAGACACUUGGCCGACACACACCCUGCACUGCACUGCGAUCACUUUACCGUGUCUCUGCCCCUGAGAGGUGGGUGCCAGGCACCUGCUGUCCCCGGUGCCAGGCAGGUCCAAAUGGGCAGGGUUUUCACCCAGCACCUCCACCGCUGCCCUAGUUGAUCCCUAGAGACUGUCCCUGCACAGCCUCUGGUGCUGGGACCAUGCAGCUAGCUAGUCCUGUGGCUCAGGCCAGCCACCUCAGGAGGGGCGAAGGCCCAGCCUGGGAUGCAGUGUCUGCGGGAGGGCUGGCCAGGCCUAUGGGGGUGAGGGACCACCUAAGGCCUCGGAGCAAGACGACAUAUUAGCCAGGAUUUGAACCUGGGCUUCCCAAGGGGUCUGGGAGGAAACAGCCUGAAGACAGCAUAGGCCUCACCUCUGCCCCCAACAGCCUGGUGGUCACCUGUGUCCCAGGGCCACUGUACUAGGAGACCCUUGCCUCUCUACUCCUGACCCGGCUGGGCUGACUUUGUGCUGGGGCGCUGCCCUCUGGGCCAAAGCUGUGAAGUAGGGCAGCGCCUGAUGCCUCCCCACCACCCUGCCCUGUCUGUGCUGAGGGCUGUGGACCUCAGUGUCUCUACAAUCUCCAAUACUGAAAUGUAUAUUUUUGCUGAGUCCAGCUUCCUGUGUUUUUAAUAUAAAUAGUGUACACAGACUGACAGAACUUUAAAUAAAUGGGAAUUAAGUAUUUAAGAG